UUGGUCAAACUGUAGCGAUGAAGAAAAAACAGUAAAUAAUAUAGGUUUUAAUCGACUUCUUGGUUAUAUUUAUGCAAUGAUUACGCUUUCAGUGGUAACAGAAGAGCUUUAGUCGUGUUUCCUGACAAGUUUGCUCUGCAUUGAGUGUAUAAAACUGAGCCUGGUCCCCGGAUGGCUGAAUAGAGUAGAACAAUCCAGUAGGCAGAGAGUGGACGACCCAAAGACGCACGGUUAGCAGACAACUAUCAAACAACGGCGGCCUGACAGUGAUUUAAAUGAACAAAUUAUCUUCACCGUCAAACAAUGUGACCGAGUGAGAAGAACACCUUGCUGGGGACUGUCAGAAACACAUGACAGCCAACUUUGGUUGUUGUGAGAGGCGCACCAUGGCAUCUCAGCCAAGUGUAUACAAUGAAGAAAGGAACCGUCUUCGUCUCCAAGCGUGGGAACAGAGGAACCAAGAAACCAGCCAAGCCAAAGAACUCAACCCCGAGAAUGUGCCACUCUUUGGGGAACCGUACAAGACAAACAAAGGGGAUGAGCUUUCCAAUCGAAUCCAGAAGAUGCUGGGCAGUUAUGAAGAUGUGAAUAGUCCCUAUCCCCACGCCAGUGAGCCUUUACCCAUUCCUACUUAUGUAACCUUCUCACAGUCAGAUCAGGGUCAGCCAAACACAGAUAAAUCAACCAAAGCUCCAUUCCACCACCAGGUCCAUUACAUGUCAACCCAAAACCAGAAAUGCCCCUCUAGUAGCAGUUACUCCUCUCAGCCCACAAGGACGUCUGCUGCCUCUUCUCCUAACCAACAUGGACAUUCAUCCACUUUCUCAAAGGCUUCCUCGAACCACAGUCAGGGCGGUCACCCCGGACACCCAGCACAUCAACAGAAAAAGAGUGAGGCCUUCUCAGAUCUCAGGGAGCGUGUCAGCCUUGACCAGGAAAUGUCUGUUCAGUCUCCUGAUGCUAAGCCGCUACCCUUCCUACAUUCCAGUAACCAUGAUAACACUGACACGGACACUAAGGACACCUUUGAUAGACAUCAGCUUCAAGAGUCCUCAGAUCACCCCUCUGAGUCUUCCAGCACCAUGGAUGUUUCCACACUGAACAUUAAGCAAUCCCCUAAAGAUGCAUCUCUGCCUCAAGCCACCAAGACGAACGCACUACCUUCCCAGACCUUCCCUCCACUCCUGUCCUCGAAGCAGCCCAGCGUAGUCAUGACCCAGAAGCCAACAGCCUAUGUGCGGCCCAUGGAUGGUCAGGACCAGGUGGUCAGUGAGUCACCUGAGCUUAAGCCUUCCCCAGAGCCAUAUGUACCACUACCAGAGUUAAUCAGCAAGUCUAACCCCGGCAAAAUGAAGAUACUGCCACAAUUUUUGGAGACAAGGACAAAUGAAGUUCAGUGUGUCGAGGACAUCUUGAGGGAAAUGACCCACUCAUGGCCCCCUCUUCUGACGGCUAUUCACACACCUUGCACAGAUGAACCCUCCAAGUCCCCGUUCUCAGCCAAGGAAGCUGAGCAUGUUUCUUCUUGCCCAGGACAAAAAAGCUAUGACCCCUCUCCUCCUCUUCCUCUUCCUCCUCCCCCUCCUGCUCCUCCUACAGAUCCAUCCCAGCUCAACCAACAGAGCUCCUCAACUUCAUUUGAAGCAGCACAUUCCAGCGGGGUAGAGUCUGCCAGCUCCAGCGACUCAGAGAGUAGCUCACGAUCAGAGUCGGACAGUGAAAGCGCCACAGAGGAGCCGCCUGAACCCCCAGCGAGCAGCUCAGUUAAAACUGAGCCUGAAACUCUAGCAGUGAGCCAUGGUGAUUGGCAGUUGGGGAACUGGAUCAGGUCCAACCAACAGAACGCGAGCACUGAAAGUCAAGGCGGUACUCACGUCUCUGGGAGCCCCACUCACAAACAGUUCCUGCCCACUCAAAGCUCCAAGCACUCCAGUGUAGAGGUGGUCGACCCCACUAGGGAGUCCAAGCCUCAGCUCUCUUCUCACCAAAAACAGCUCGGUAACAACCUUGCCAAACCCCAGCAGUGCAGAGAAAGCCAUCAGGAGAACUGUUACCAGCAGAGUAGCCAAAAAUCGCCUUCCGCUGAUUUCAGGAAACUGUCGUGCAACACGCACUCCUCAAAACCAGCAAAGGAAAGUCGCCCAGAUCACAGUGAAGCAGCUGUAAGUGUUAAGUGUGAGGAAGUUGUAGCCACAAGAGACAAAGACUCGUCUUUCACAGAUAGGCCCAAGGUAAAGACGAAAACAAGACAUUGCAAAAAAAGCAAGGUCAGCAGUGACUCUAAACAAGACGAUAAAAGGACUAAACACACGUCUCUCGACAAGCGGAAGACUGGAUCACAGCCUGAGGUUGCACUUGUCCUGUAUGGUCAUUGUCCAACUUGUGGUGUGAGAUAUCCUAACCCCUGUUCCUGCCCCACCCAGAGUCCUGCUCAGCCUGAACAGUUGUCUCCUGUCCCACCAGUAAGAAUCAGUUGUAGCAAACCCAAGGCAGAGAGCACCUGCCAGAAGGGCGCCAAGAAGCCUGACAAAACGAGCCACAAGCACUCAGAGAAGACUCGACAUUCAGCCAAGGGUUCUCGGGACCUCCACAGGCCUCCUAGAUCCCUCCUGGUGAAGAUCGAACUAAGUCUGCUGUCAAGAGUCCCACAGACGUCCGGCAAGCCCCAGGACAUACCCAGCAAUGCAAAAAGACCAGCGCUGGUUAUAGAGCAAGAGGGAGGAGGCAGUGAUGCAUCUACAACACACAAACACAGAAAAACCAGCAAAAAGAGCAUACCUCCAAAUGAUGAGGUAGACAAUAAAACUCUCCCGAGGAAGAAACAGAGGCUGGAAAACAAGAAUACCUCGUCAGCCCACGAUUCUAUCAAACUGGAAAGUUCCAGCAAUCCAGCAGAGGACCGGGAGAGAAAGAAGGCCAAAAAAAAUCCUGUAUCUUUGCAGCAGCCUGCAACACCCAAAGACUCUGUUAAAGACUCAAAGUUACACAAACGCUGUUCUGUGGAGACCCAAGAGUCCAGUAAGGAGGCUGGAAAGAGCAAGGAGGCCUGCAAGCACAAGAAGAGGAGUGUAAAACACACAGAGCACCCACACUCGGAAAAGCAGAAGUCUUCAAAGAGCAGCCUCGCCGUCCCAUCAUUUUCACAGUCCAACAAGGAAGUUUUGAUCAACAGGCCCUUGCUCAGUUUUGAGGACAGGAAGUAUCCAGUGAAGCAUUACAUAAAGGAGGCCAAACGACUGAAGCACAAAGCAGAUGCAGAGUCAGAUAAGCUCAGUAAAGCUUUCAACUACCUGGAUGCGGCCAUGUUCUUCGUCGAGAGUGGCAUUGCCAUGGAAAAAGAUCCCCAGGUUUCAAUGUCUUCCUACACUAUGUUUGCAGAGACAGUGGAACUCCUCAAGUUUGUGCUGAAACUUAAAAACUCGGUGGACCCCUCUGCUCCACCCUCAGAAAAGGACUUUUUAGCUUUAUGUUUGAAGUGCCAGUCUCUCCUGCAGAUGGCCAUGUUUCGCCACAAACACAAAACUGCACUCAAGUAUUCAAAGACCCUCACUGAACACUUCAGUAACUCUGCUCAGGCGUCGCACGAUCCUUCUUUCUGCACAUCAAAAGUUGCUGGCACCCCGUCCCCAAUGCCCGACAUGCCGUCUCCAGCCAACACAUCCACCAGCUCAGGUCCUGGCUCCAACCACAGUAGUAGCGGGUCGGUUGCGGGCCCCGUCGGCAGCACUGUGGCAGUUCCCCAGGCCAUUGAACAAGUGGCAUUCAACUAUGUCAACAUCACCACGUUAUUCCUGAGCGCUCAUGACAUCUGGGAGCAGGCAGAGGUGCUGGCACACAAAGGCAGUGGUAUGCUGACAGAACUGGACACACUCAUGGGCCCACUGAGCCUAACUUCAACUAUGAGCUCUAUGGUUCGUUAUACGAGACAGGGUGUCUACUGGCUGAGGCUGGACAGCCAAAAGGUAAAGUGACCAACAACCUGCUCCCAGUACUGGACGCCUGCAAAACAAUCGUGCUGCUUCUCCCUGCCUUUACUUCACAUCAGCGUGAUACCAACCUGAACUGUCCCUCAGGCAUGUGUCUUUUUUUUUUUUUUUUUUUUUUCACAUGGACAUCUCUUCAAAAAGGCAGACACAGAUGUCAUCUCAUGUUUGUUUUUAAGGUUAGAUUUGGAUACGAUACUGAUUAUUGCACUUGUUAUUUGUACUUUUCUCUCAUUUUCACUUUGGUGUCUCUCUCUCUCUACCCCUCUCUCUCUCUCUCCCUCUCCCUCUCUCUCUCUCUCUAUCUCUCUCUCUGGCACUGUAAAAAACACAUAGGCUCCAUCUGGUGUAAAAUGCAUGUUUCAUGUCCAGGUUUAACGUUUCUCAUUGUUCCUCUAUCAGCUGAUGUCAUGGAAUUAUUUGCAAAUCAGGGCUUUAAUACUGACCUUAACUGAUUUUGGAUGGAGGUUCAUCAGAUAUAACCAAAAGUGCCAUUGGGUGGUGGUGGUGGUGGUGGGGGUUGGUGCAAGCACUGACACAGAUCUUAUUAUUCUUAUUAUCACAUCUUUGUUACCAUACAUUUGACUCUGAUCAGGCAGUAAUCACAGGACAUGCAGGAAAUUACCUGAAAAACUAAAGGCACUUAAAUCAUUGUUGAAAAGUAUCAUUUUUAGACUUAUCACUUCACAUUUUUUUACUUCAUUUCUCUUAAAAAAGAGAUUUAAGUUUCCCUGUUUCAGUCUGAAAGAUUGGUUUGAUUUGGAUUCAGGGAUUCUAUGAUUUUUAAAGUCAGCAUUUCUUUCUCCCACGAAUCACUGUCAGCAUAACCCAUGAGAAUAAUGUAAUAAUGGUGACAUGGUCUGAUCUCGACCGUGUAGGAAGUACAGAUACGUCAAAUAUGGGCAAAGUAUUGCAGCCAAAAACUGCUGAAGUGUGUUGCAGAAGCACCAGAGUGUAAUGUUAAAUCAGCAUUCAAGUUAUUUAUUUUAGCCCAUUGCAUCUUUCACAGUUCGUGUGCAAUAAUGAAGUGCAUUAUGAAUAAGAAUAAACAAAAAAUGUGUUAAUCUGUUCUUCCAAGACAAGAUACAUAUUGUAUGUAGGUUGAAUUAUGUAUAGAUUAUUGAGAAAAGAUGAAUCAGGUCAUAUUGAAAUCAAAUUCAACAUAUGAAUAAUGAGAUGGCAGAGCAGGGAAGGCUUUUUUUUAUGUAGGGCAUUUAAUGAACGUUUGUUUUUUAGGCCUUACCUUUCUGCUUUUUGCUUCUUGACUCUUGUUUGUUCGUGUCGGAGUGACUGAUGGUAGGAAAUUUCUGAGACGUGACAGACCGGUGACUCGUGUUUCUUAUGUGAAAUGGUUUUGGUAUUACGGUUGACGGCUGCAGCUCAGGGUCGCAGACUUUUUCUGGCUGUAGUACUGUUGCUGGUAGUGACUAAUAGUGUCUACAUUCUGUCUGAAGCUGACUUGAUUUCAUUCUCAACAGCUUGUUUCUUGUGCCCUCCUCCCAAUAUAAAAAAAUUAUACAAGCGUCCAUCUUAAAGGAUAGGUUCAUGUUUUUCUCUUCUCAUGUUAGUCUUAAAACAUCAUCCCUCCUGUCCAUACUGGCUGCGAACAGAUCCCAUUUUAAAGCGAUGUAGGUGAUGGGAGACAAAGUUAAUCUCCAGGCAAAGCGAUAAUGAGCAGUUUGAGUUCAUCAAACCAAGGAGGGUAUUCUCCAUAGUCAGAGCCAUAUUUGUACCAAAAAUAUUUAUACUUAUACUUAUUCUGUUUAAAAACAUUAAAAGGAAAAAUUAAAAAAGGCUAAUUUUCAAAGUGUACACCUGAUUUGUCUAACUUUGACUGCUGAAACUUUAUAUAAGUGUCAGCUCAACUUGAAAAUUCUUUUUCAUACAGAAACGGGACUGGAUUUUGUCUCCCCAUCACAUCUCACAUUAAAAUUGCUUUAGGAAGGCUUCUCUUUGCAGUCAGUGUGCACAGAAGGAAUGAUUUUACAGCGACCACUAACCCUCUCAAAGUACAUAUGGGCUAUUGAGAUAGAAUUCAAAAAAAUCAUCGCUGUCCUUUUAACCACAAAUGUGUCUUGCAAGAACAAAAAUAGAGGGAAUAAUUUUACAUCCCUGACUUUUCGUAUGUAUUGUGAUGGCUUGAGUUGUUCACAUUUGUCAGUUUGAGUUACCUUUCGAGUAUAGUGGGACGACCACAAUCAUUUAACUGAAACUACAGUAGUGUUCCCUUUUAUUUGUUUUUGCACCACUAAGCUGCUUUCCUACAUGUUCCCCAAGUUUUAGUUGAUUUGUAAAUGUUUCCUAAAUCUGUGGGAGUAGAAUAAAUGGCCAACUGUAGCUUACUAAAAAGAGUAUUUGUAGUUAAUUUCAGUGCGCUGUUGUACAUCAGACCAGCAGGACUGUGCUAGUCUUUCCUUGUGUUCAUCGUUUUUGAUUCUAAGCAAUAAAAGCAUGAGUUUCGUUGGCUCAAAAUUUAAGUGAGUUGUUGACGUAGUUAUCACAGGGUGUUAUUGAUACACUUGGGGGAUACAAAAAUAAUCAGUAUGACAUAGUGAUUUGAGAAAAGAAACAUUGGUUUAGAUUAGCGCUUCUUUUGGAACGAGUGCCAUUGGGUUGUGAGAUUUUUUUCGCUUGUUAAUUCAGUUGGUGUGUCCGUGCAAUUUCACGCUAAAAGGGCUGAACAAGGACCACAAAGUGUUCCUCAAUUUAUUUUCUCAUAUAAACGAUAAAGUGAUAUUUUUUAAGUGAGGAUUAUACUGGUGCCAUGGAAUUAGGGUUUAUUUUUACGUACAGAUCGUCAGCAGGCUGCUAUUGUAUUGAUCUUAUCCAUGGAUGUCUACACUGCACACAAAGUGAAAACACACAAUUCGGCAUUUGACACACUUAAUAAUGUGAUUUCAUCUGUUUAUUUUUUUGAUGUUUCUGGGUCUUUGUCUUUCCAACCUGUGGCUUUAUUUUCAUUAUCAACGGGUGUUGGUGCUUCGUUUAUGAAUUACUCUAAAACAAGUUUACACUUCUUGUCCGAAUAAUUAAUUACUGGAAAAAUGUUCAGAAAGGUUUUUGAAGGAUGCUUUUUUUCCUUUUUGUGAAAUAUGUAAAGAAUUUGUGUUGCAGUGUACACAGAUGAAUAAACACUGGAAAUUA